AUGAUUGCGCUCAGAGGCGCCCGUGCAGCCCGUGCUGUGCGAUACAAGUCCUCGUCUGCGUCCGUGUUUGUGGAUUCACGGCCUACCCCUGCUCCUGCUUUCAACACUUCUGAUCGAAAGGGCCCUUCGCCCCUCUCGUCCGCUCCCCAGAUGGACGACUCUUUUAUUGGGCUCACAGGCGGGCAGAUCUUCCACGAGAUGAUGCAAAGACACAACGUGGACACUAUUUUUGGAUAUCCAGGAGGUGCCAUCUUGCCAGUGUACGAUGCCAUCUACAACUCUGAUAAGUUCAACUUUGUUCUUCCGCGCCACGAGCAAGGCGCAGGGCACAUGGCCGAGGGUUACGCCAGAGCCGUGGGGAAACCUGGUGUCGUCUUGGUGACAUCUGGUCCUGGUGCCACUAAUGUCAUCACCCCUAUGGCAGAUGCUCUAGCAGACGGUGUGCCGAUGGUGGUGUUCACCGGCCAGGUGCCUACGUCCGCUAUCGGAACAGACGCUUUCCAGGAGGCCGACAUUGUCGGUAUCUCGAGAUCCUGCACCAAGUGGAACGUUAUGGUGAAGAACGUUGCGGAGCUGCCAAGACGUAUUAAUGAGGCGUUCGAGAUCGCCACCAGCGGUCGUCCGGGCCCUGUUCUCGUGGACCUGCCCAAGGACGUGACCGCAGCCAUCUUGAAGGAGGCCAUCCCAAUCAGCUCGACUCUUCCGUCCAGCACACUGAACAAGAUCACACAUGCUGCUGCCACCGAGUUCACCAACCAAUGUAUUCAGCGCGCUGCCGCUCUGGUUAACAAGGCCAAGAAACCUAUUCUUUACGUCGGUGCGGGCAUCCUCAACUCGGAGGAUGGUCCAAAGAGGCUCAAGGAGCUUGCCGACAAAGCGCAAAUUCCCGUGACCACCACCAUCCAAGCCCUGGGAGCAUUCGACCAGGAAGACGAAAAAUCUCUCGACAUGCUGGGCAUGCACGGUUCCGCCGUCGCAAACAGCGCUAUCCAAAAGGCCGACCUGAUCAUCGCUCUGGGAGCAAGGUUCGACGACAGAGUCACCGGAAACGUGGCCAAGUUCGCGCCAGAGGCCAGACUGGCUGCCCAGGAAAACCGUGGUGGUAUCAUCCAUUUCGAGAUCUCUCCAAAGAACAUCAACAAGGUUGUCGAGGCUACGGAGGCCAUCGAAGGCGACGUGACGGAGAACCUUGAGCUUUUCAAUCAAUUAGUGCAUCCUGUGGCCUCUCGUCCGGAGUGGUUCGACCAGAUCAGGGCAUGGAAGGAAAAAUACCCUUAUGCCUACCAGACGGAGACCCCAGGCUCCAAAAUCAAGCCACAGACUCUCAUGAGAGAGAUCUCGAAACAGGCCCAUGCCACCGGCCGUGACAUCGUCGUCACCACCGGUGUCGGCCAGCACCAGAUGUGGGCCGCUCAACAUUUCACGUGGAGGAAGCCUCGUUCCUUCAUCACCUCUGGUGGUUUGGGAACCAUGGGAUACGGAUUGCCUGCCGCUAUCGGUGCACAGAUCGCUAAGCCAGACUCUUUGGUUAUCGACAUCGACGGUGAUGCAUCGUUCAAUAUGACCCUUACCGAGCUUUCGUCGGCCGUGCAGGCCAACGCCCCAGUCAAGAUUGUUGUCCUCAAUAACGAAGAGCAAGGAAUGGUGACCCAAUGGCAAUCGUUGUUCUACGACUACAGAUACGCACACACACACCAGAGCAAUCCCGACUUUGUGAAAUUGGGCGAGGCUAUGGGCGUGAAGUCCUUCAGAAUCGAGGACCAGUCUGAGAUGGUUGAUGGCGUGAAGAAGAUGAUCGAAUAUAACGACGGUCCAAUCCUCAUGGAGGUCGUCGUCGAGAAAAAGGUGUCUGUUCUACCAAUGGUGCCUGGAGGUUGCGCUUUGGACGAGUUUAUUGUGUUCGACCCAGAAGUCGAGGCACAGAGAGACGAGCUCAGGAAGCAGAGAACUGGCGGAAAACAUUGA